UCGACCCGACACGGCUUGACCCGGGUUUCCCUGCAGUCAUGUGCUUGUUUGUGCUGCUGAAUGUCGCUUCAGGGAUCUUUCUGCUUCUGAGAGCUGAACGUGUGCAGGCUGCAGUGGCUUCUGAUCGUGUUCCCCUGCACUGCAGACUGGGCUUCAAACCCUGUAAGGAUGGAGCAGAGUGUGUGCUGUACAGUCAUGUGUGUGACGGCGAGAAUGACUGUCUUGACGGCUCUGAUGAAGAAGAAUGUGCUGCUGUUUGCAGCAUAGGUCAGUUUCAGUGUGCACAUGGUAAGAAGUGCAUCGAGCGUCGGCAGGUGUGUGACGGUGUGGCUCAGUGUCAGGAUCGCUCCGAUGAAGUUGACUGCUUCAAGCUGGACGAGGGCUGCGGUCAUCGCUGCGAUAAAAACCGUUGUAUCCCAGAAUCCUUUGUCUGUGAUGGAGACGCAGACUGUGCUGACGGCAGUGAUGAGGAAAUCUGUGAUAUCAGCCCUGAUGAUGAUGAUGAUGAUAGCGUCGCGGAGGAGGAAAAGACAACAGAGGAUGAAGUCUCAGGAAAAGCUCCUGUAACUAAAGGUCCUCUACGCUGUUCAAUCGGCUCUAAGUUAUGUAGAGAUGGGACAGAUUGUGUACUCAAUAAUCACGUGUGUGAUGGCGAGCAUGACUGUAAUGAUGGGUCUGAUGAAGACGAGUGCUCUGUGGAGUGUGAAUCUGGUCAGUUUCAGUGUGCACAUGGUAAGAAGUGCAUCGAGCGUCGGCAGGUGUGUGACGGUGUGGCUCAGUGUCAGGAUCGCUCCGAUGAAGUCGACUGCUUCAAGCCAGACGAGGGCUGCGGUCAUCGCUGCGAUAAAAACCGUUGUAUCCCAGAAUCCUUUGUCUGUGAUGGAGACGCAGACUGUGCUGACGGCAGUGAUGAGGCCAGCUGUGGUGAGGAGAGCUGCAGCAGUGCUGAAUGGCUGUGCAGCAGCGGUCAGUGCGUUUCGGUCCGUAUGCGCUGUGAUGGACACCCGGACUGCAGAGAUCAUUCAGACGAGGAGGACUGCGUUGAACCUCCGCCAUGCAGCACGCAGCGCCGCUGUCCAAAGAGCCAGGAGUGUCUGCUGGACGAGUGGAUAUGUGACGGAGAGAUGGACUGCAAGGAUGGCACAGAUGAGAAGAACUGUAAGGAGACUCCAGCACAGUGUGGUGAGUUCCAGUGGCCAUGCGCCUCUAACACACAGUGUGUUCCGAAAGCCUGGCGCUGUGACGGCUCUGAAGACUGCAGGGAUGGAAGCGACGAAUCUGGUUUCUCUGCACCAAGGCUGCAUUUAUUUGGGGGGGGCUGCCAGACAGACACAUGCUCUGAACAGUCAAAGUGUGCACAGGACUGCCACAGCACACCUACAGGCACGCGCUGUUGGUGCAGGAUGGGCUACAAGCCUGUGGAUGAUGGGGUGGUGUGUGUUGAUGUGGAUGAGUGUGUGGACCGUCCAGACUUCUGUUCACACUACUGUAACAACACUCAGGGCUCAUUUGAGUGCUCAUGUAGUCACGGUUAUGUUCUGGAACCUGAUGGCCACAGUUGCAAAAUCACAGGUGAGCCGUACCUGCUGGCGUCUGUGCAGUCUGAGGUCUUCCUGCUGGGUCUGAGGAGCUCCAGUCUGGACGUCCUGCUCUCGUCAGAGAAGCAUUUUGUCCUGUCACUUGACUAUGACUGGCAGAAGCAGAGAGUGUACUGGAUCAACCUCAACGCUGACAACAUAAAAUGGUUGUCAUUGGAUCAGAAGAGCAAAGGAACCUUUAUUAAAGGUGUCAAUGCAGACAGUCUGGCAGUGGACUGGGUGGCGAGGAACCUCUACUGGGCCGAUAGCGUCAACAGCCAGAUCAAUGCAGUGGGACUGGACAGUGAUUCCACCAGAACCACAGGACGUGUGGUGAUCCUGGGUGAAGAUCUAGGGCAGCUCCGCUCCAUCGCUCUGCUGCCACAGGAAGGAAUUAUGUUCUGGUCAGAAACUGGGGACGAGGCUCAAAUAGAAAAAGCAGGAAUGGACGGCUCAGACAGACGUGUGCUGGUCAGUCACUCUCUCCGAUGGCCGGUCAGUUUGACGGUGGACUCCCUGCAUCACAGAAUCUACUGGACAGAUGAGAAACUCAAGUGCAUCGGAUCAGCCGAUACUGAUGGAGGAGAUAUUAAGCUCUUGCAGAUGAUGGAGACCCCCAGUCCAUUCUCAGUGUCUGUAUUCAAUGAUGAGGUCUACUGGUCUGAUACCAAAAGAGGAACCAUUCAGAGAGCUCACAAAAUCACGGGCAAAUUACACCAAGUCCUGCUCAAACGUCCUGGACAGCCGUUCGGUUUGACGGUCAUUCAUGCACUUUUCCAAGUGGGCAUCCCUAACCCAUGUGCUUCCCAGCACUGCUCUCACCUGUGUGUUUUAUCCCCGGGGCUGAAGGCUGUGUGCAAGUGUCCGUCUCAGUUGCUGCUGGAUGAAGAUGGACUGACCUGCUCCAAACACAAAGACUCGUCCUUCCUGCUGUUUCUUUCUCCAACUGCAGUCACACAGAUUUAUUUACAGAACAGACACGCCCCCGUGGACCUAAAGAACUGGCCUGAACAAUGGCGUUUUGACCUUCCCAGCAUGAACAAGCCAACCUUGUUAGAUUUAGUGCUGCGCGACCUCACUCUGUACGUGUCCGAUGGCGGGCAGCCCGUCGUGGGGCUCUUCAAGAUGAAGGACACCGUGCUGGUGCCUCGUGGGAAACUGCUCCAGCUACAUAAGGACUCGCUGCGCACGUUCUCAGUGGACUGGAUCACCCUGAACGUGUACUGGAGCAGCGAGAAGCUGCCUGGCCUGCAGGUCACCUCACCGGAUGGUGCACACACCAGUGUGAUAAUACAGGACGGUGUCAGAGCUAUUGCAUCCAUUGCUUUAGACCCACCCAGCGGACGCCUCUGCUUCUCAAACAAAGUCCAGGAAGGUCAUAUGACCCAGGUGGAGUGUGCCUAUAUGAAUGGACAGAACAGGACAGUGGUGUGGAAUAAUUCAGUUCGGCCAACUUCACUGAUCUUUACAGAUGAAGGGAAUAAACUGUACUGGGCUGACACUGGUCUUGCAGUAAUUGGUUCAGUUGCCAUAGAUGGUUCUGGAUACAAGGAAAUAAAGACAGAAGAAGGCUUAAUGGCAUUUGCUUUGGUUAACAAAGUUCUUGUUUGGAUUACUAAAAAAGACUCCACUAAGUGUUGGUUUAGUGAUGUUGAGCAUACAGGGAAGCUGUGGUUUGAAGUGGACGCCGACAUCGUCAGUCUGAAAGCUUUCGCAAAGUCAAGACAAAAAGGCACUAAUCUCUGCUCUAAUGGUAAUGGAGGCUGCAGUCACCUCUGUCUUGCGUUCCCUGGAGGAAUGACGUGCCACUGUGCCCAUACUCACCGCCUGGUCAACGGCAGAGACUGCAGUCCGGACCCCCGCUGCCCUGGAGGCACCAAACCUUGCCUGAGUGAAGACAUCUGUCUACCUCUGGAGCAGUUCUGCAACGGCGUCGCCGACUGUCCAGAUCAUUCUGAUGAGAACUGUGUUCAAGAUACACAACAUAAAAAUGUCCGGAUCAAUCCUAAAGCGUUUCGUCCAGGUUUGAGUGAUAAUGUCAUACCAGAGAACAUUGAGUCUGAGGCGUGUGGUGUUACGCUGUGUAACGGCAACGGUAAAUGCACAACCCAGAAUGGAGUGACCGUGUGCGUCUGUGAGACGGGUUACAGUGGAGAGCACUGUCAGGAACAUUCGAGUGGGCUCUCACAGGGGCCGCUUCUGUACGGAGUAGUUGGGCUGUGUGCCGCUGUGGUUGUCAUGGGGGUCACCGUCGGCAUCAUUCAGAAGAAAAAAGCCACAAACCAGAGGCAAGCAGCACGGACUGUGGAUGUGCAGGAAACGGGCAUGAAGGAAAUCGAGACAAGACGAGAGACCUCUUCAGCAAAACCUAAUGGAAAAGACACUGAAUUCUCCGAGGAAAAUGUGGUAACGUCUGUUGACUAGCUUCAACUGUAGCAUCUUGGUUUCUUUGAAAUAAAGUCAUGUUGCAUUUUGAAAA